GUACUGUAUAGCUACUCACUGAGGAGUUAGUUAAGUUCUGUCGCGGUAGCCGCGUGAGCAGAAUGCCGCGCGCCGGCGCCCUCCUGCUGGCGCUAGCGGCUGUCGUGCUCGCCGCCGAGUGGGCACAUGCCUCGUUCAUCGACCCUGGAGACGACGACGUCGAAGUAAAUCUGUCUGAUUACGGAGAGGAUCCCGCUGAUCUGCAGCUUCUCGAGGAUGUUGGAAAACGAUCGUCGCUGAUCUACGUUUUCAGGCGCGCCUGUGUGAAGCGAGGGGGCAACUGCGACCACCGGCCCGGGGACUGCUGCCAUUCCUCCUCGUGCCGGUGCAAUCUGUGGGGCUCCAACUGUCGCUGCCAGCGCAUGGGCCUCUUCCAGAAGUGGGGGUAGGCCGCACCCCGCUCCCCGACUCCCCUGAAGCGGCGACCAGCUCCCACCAGCCGACCUGACCGCCGCUCCAUCGGACGACAACAUUUGCAUUAUCAAACGGACCCCUUGCGUUCUCUUACCUUUCAUUUCUCUAUGUUCCCUCUCUAGUAUUUCAUCUAUCGGCUAGAGAGAUUCGAAUUGAAAACAGGGACCUAGAUUUUAGUUCGGAAAUAUUUUUGGACCUUUUAUGAUAUACAACAUUUGUAAAAUGGUAUUUUUUUGACGUUAGACUUCGGUCUCUUAGUUUAUUUGUAUUUUGUUUAAUUUCUCUGAUUCUCCGAGUGUCCGCUUACGUGGUUGGGCAAUCACCCAGCCUUAUUGCCCAAUCAGUACGCCCCGACGUCAAGCUCGGCGAAUCAGACGCCAGCAACUGCCUCUGGCGACGCGCCAUCCACUUCUGUUGCGUUUCAUGUUUUGGUUAGGACGAAGAGACGCGUCGCCUCGCAGGCAGUUCAGCUAUUCUCUUACAAUGUAUGUAUGUAGAGUUAAGUAAGCUAAUCGUAGAGAGCAGUAGCUGCUAAAUUGAUGGUAAACUUAUGUCAAUAGGAACUAGCGAUCAUUAAAAAUAGAAAAAAAAAUAUGAAUGUACUUUUAAACUAAAUGUUGUAGUCAUGUAAGAGAGUAUCGGUAAUGAAAAACUUGGUGAAAGACGCUAUUAUAAGCCUUUAUAUAUAACAACGCCAUUUGUAUUUGCGAUUGGCACCUUAGAUUUUUAAAAUAUCUAUUAUUAAUGUGUCAAUACAUAAUUCAUAUAAUAUUAAUAAAACGAAUCUUAAUGUAUUGUAUGCGACUCUCGGACAGGAGAAUAUAUGGUAUUGAAGCCAAGUAGAUCAUGUGUACGUAGCUUCUUAUCCCGAUUGCGGAAUAUGAUAAUUAUAUUAAUAUUGGAAUAUGGAAAUGAUAAAUUAUAUUAAUAAAUGUUUAUGGACUUUA